GGCUUCAGUUGCUGGCUCCGUGGCUGGCGACCUCGGCGGCAUCGAGGAGUUGGAGAUCAAAAGCGGGGGCCUGAGUGGAAGCAAGACGGUCGUGUCGAUGAACACCGCCAGAUCGCCUGCCAAGGGAGACGCCCCAUCGGAUCCGAAGGGCGCGGUCGAGUAUUGGAUGAAUCGCGUGGACAUUGAUGACAUUCUCAGGACUGGCGCGAAGCUUGGGAAGGACAUCUUCCAG